CAGCUUCGUCUCCUGGCAGCUACACGACAGUGAUGGCCUAUACAACAGAAAGAACGGGGACAACAACAGCGACUGAUCACGUCACAACUGGGAUAACCACAAGAAUCCAACAAAGAAAUUUAACAACAGAUCCUGAUGUACUUGGGUCUGGUAACAACAACGACAACAACAAAGACGGUCAUAAACCAUUUGUGAAAUCACAAUUACCUACCGCUGCAGUCUUGGGUGGAAUUGUCUUUCUAAUAGUGAUAUGCAUAGUGGUUGUCUUUGUGUAUCGGAAAAAUCGUCAAAGGAAGUACAAACAAAGAAACAAGAGACCGGAGGAGGAGAUUGGAUUUAUGGACGCGGACGCAGACAACAGAAGAAGUGACAUAGCGAUGCAGUUAUUACAGGUCAAUGACCCCUCCUUCUUCGAGAUAGAGGAGGCCACUCAAAACGCUAAAUUACAGGAACUACAGGGCCAGAACGAUCUUAACCUCAUGGAGAUCAUAAACGGAUCUGGGGUCAAAGAAAACAACAUCCAGGGUGAGAAGCAUGACAUUGCACCAAAUGGUGAAAGUGAGGGUCAAAUCAGUGUGCCUGCAAUAUCUGGCUAUACAGUUAAGGAAAAUAAAGAAGCUAGGUCUUCGAAAUCAAGCAUCAAUGACAGUUCGAUUGACGAAAUGAAAAAUGCAAAUUCAUCUAAUAUAAGUGCCCCUGGUAGUACUGGAAAGGGAAAGAAGACUGAACUACAAUCAAGUUUGAACGGUGCCACUAGUAGUUCUGGAAAUGAUGUUAAAGCCGGAAGAUCAUCCAACAUACCUGUGUCUAGUGCUGAAUCUGACAGUCACUACAAAGCAAAAAGAGCUCAUUCUUUACAGUUGUCCAAUGUACGAACAUCACAUGCCGAAAAAUCCAGGCAGCGCCAAAGUGAAAUAGUUGGCAAUCCUAACCGCAAAAGUGAAACUAAAGUUGAUACUCAAGAUACGCAAAAUUCAAGCAUGGAAAGCCGCGUGGAGCAACGACUGAAACAGCGGCAGUCUGCGCGGUCAAGUGGUGGUAACCUUACAGACAAAAGAACAAGUGAAAAAUUAAGUCAUAGUAAACCAUCACAACCCCCGAUAGGUGGUGGUGUCGCGCCGGAAGUCGCACAAACCGCCAGUGCGAGGAGCAGUAAACAUUCUUCCGGCGGAUAUGACGAAGCUUUAAAACAGCUGAAACAUGUUGACAGUGAUCCCAAUUUAACUGAAGGUCACAGUACUAAAUGAAGCAAAUAAUCAUUUACAUCAUUAGUUACAAUUUGCAGGGUAAUUAAAUAAGUGACCGGUGUCUGGUUAUUAGACUAAAAGCAUAAAUCAAUAUUCAAAUAUUCAAAUGACGUUUGUAUUUUUCGUAAAUAAUAAUAAUAAAAAAAAAUCAGCGAAAGACAU